UUCUAAUACGAUACCAGCUCUGUCAGAGGUACCCCCUCAAGGACAUUCUCCGUCCUCUGCUUCUUGAUCUCAAAGAACUAUACACAAAAGGAAUUGAGAUUUGUGUGAAUGAAAGCAGUCAUUUUUUGAAGGGGGCCCUAGUAACCAUUUCUGCAGACAAUUUAUCCGCCCAUAACUUGGCUGGAUUUACAUGCUGUUUUAGUAGUGGCUGGGUGUGCAGGUUUUGCAUGAUUACAUACAGCAACUUAAAAGCACAUGUGAAUGAAGACAGUUUGCAAAUCAGGUCUUCAGAUGUUCACAAUUACCAUCUUGAUGCACUUAAGGAGAACGAUCAACUCUCAAAACAGACCUAUGGAGUAGUGAAAGAAUGUCCAUUUGCUGAGCUUCAAUACUUUGAUGUCACCCGAGCAUUUCCUCCAGACCUAAUGCACGAUUUCUUAGAGGGCAUCAUACCAAUUGUUGUUUGCAAGGUUAUCACUGCACUUCAUCAGCUCAAAAUUGUGACACUGAAUGACAUAAACUCAGAGCUGGAAGCAUUCACUUUUGGGAAAAAUGAUAGAGGUCACAUCCCACAGACAUUACCACAGAGUGUACUGAAACGCAAGUUAACUGGAUCAGCAGCACAAAACUUGUGUUUAUUCAGGAUCUUGCCAUUCCUUAUUGGACAUUAUAUUCCAGAAGGCGAGAUACACUGGGAUAUUUAUCUCAAGUGCAGAGAAAUCGGCGAUCUUAUCCUCUCUCCCUGCAUCAGAAAGAGCAUCAUUCCGGUCCUCAGCUUCCAAAUUGGUGAAUUUCUCUCCUCUUUCCAGACUGUGUUCCCAAAUACUUUCACACCUAAAUUGCACUCUCACAUCCACUAUCCGCGUCUGAUGUUAGAGUUUGGCCCACUGAAACAUCUGUGGUGCAUGAGAUUUGAGGGUAAACACCAAUACUUCAAGAGAUUGUCCCACAACACUUGUAACUUCAAGAACCUUUGUUACACCCUCUCCAAAAGACACCAGUUGCGGCAGUGUUGGGAACUAACAUCCCUAGACAUCCUCCACCAGCGCUCAUACACUGAAGGUGAACGUCAAGUCCCAUUCCGCUCUCUUCCCUUUGACAUUCAGGAAGGCAUUGCGUUAAAGAGUGAGGUUGAAGACAUAUCAAAGGAGGAGAAAGUUGGAAUUGUUAGCUCUCUACUGACCAAUAACAUCAAAUACAAAGUAGGUGACACCAUCAUAAUUGAUGUGGUAGAGGAGGACAUUCCCAUCUUUAUGAAAUUAGAAAAAAAUCAUACAGUUCAGGGCUCUCUGGCUUAUCUUUGGAAAAUGACUGACACCCAAGACAUUCAAUUGUCACUAUCAUGCCUUUUCUUUGGAGGACCAGAAAAAAUGGGUUGUUGUUAACCCAGGGGAGGAAAAAUAUUACCAUCCAUUGGACACCUAUGUUCAUGAUGAGCAUAUGUUCCUUACGCUUCAUCAUAGUGUCCAAAGAACAACAAAUUGAUGGGGAAACUCUGCUGGGAUUGACCGAGAGGAUGGUCGAAAAACUUUUUCCUCUAAUGAAAAAACAGGUCAUCUUUUUGAGAGAGUUGGAGAGGUUGCGAAACACAUCAUCGUUGGCUCCGUGAGUAUAAUACGUUAUUUUUCCUGUUAAAAAUGAGAAUUUCUUAGUGUGAAAGUCUUGUAGGACCAAAUGCUAUUUUGUCUGCCUAUAGACAAGUAGGACCGUGUGAUGCAUCACAUGCAGAGCCAAGUACUCAGUAAGUGCACAGCAGUUCAGUGUAAUUUCACUUUAGUUUUAAAUGCCACAACCCCUCUGAGAAAGGGUAUCAAGGGUUUCUGACAAAUGAGAAAGGUCUAAUGUUGUUGGAACUGUGCUAUCUGUGUUCUUUUUUAUUUCUUUACAUAGUCAAGGCAUCCAGGAGUCAUGGCCAGUAUAUUACACCCUUCCUGUUCUGCCUCCAGAGCUACAGGAAGCUCUAAAAAGAAAGGAUACAAAUUUUAAGAAAAAGGACAAGUCCCAUUUGCGAGCCCUGCUGAUCCAAGUGUUGUUUGACAACAUAACAAAGUACACAUGGUAUUGUUACACCCUUGAUUUGUAUUCUAGUUUAUGGUCAAGAACAUACAGUACAUUGGCAUUGUUGUGUUGGUUACUUUAAAGGUUGUAUCAGCGAUUCUGAGCGUUUUGGAAACACUUUUUAUAAUGUUCAGCUAAUAUCUCCUCAUGAUCUGCUAACUCCCCAUUACCUACAUGCGCUGUAAAAAACAUAAAAAAGCAAUAUCCUGCAGCGUUGCUGAUACAACCUUAAAGUAAGUGAAUUACAGUGUAAAGGCUAAAAAGAAAACCAUUUCAGUAGGAAAGUUCUAAUUACAAUGAAUGAUCUUUCAGGUACCCAAACCAUA